AUGUACAAAAAAGACCAUCCAGUAUACCCGCAACUCCAAGCAAUAGGUCGAAAAAUCACUGAAAAGAUCAAACCGGCGGCCGUCGUGGUCUUUUCGGCACACUGGCAAGCCGAACGGCCCAACACGAUUGAAGUCAACGUUGCCGAGGAGGAGCCUUUGAUCUACGACUUUUACGGCUUCCCGCGACACUACUACUCGGAAAAAUUCCCCAACAAGGGAUCGCCGGAGCUGGCGAGGAAAGUUAUUUCUUUGUUGAAUGAGAACGGGAUCAAGACGCAGGAGGCAGAGAGGGGAUUGGACCAUGGCGUCUUUGUGCCUUUUAAAGUCAUGUUCGACCCGAAGGAGAACCCGCUCACCGUCCCGAUCGUGCAGGUCAGUCUGUUUGACGACGAUACAGAUGCCGGGGCACACAUUCGGCUGGGGCGGGCGGUGCAGAAGCUGCGCGAUCAAAAUGUCUUGGUUAUAGGCAGUGGCAUGUCGGUGCACAAUCUAAGACAUUACAUGAUGGUCAUGGGGACGGGUCAGACCAUGCCAUAUGCGCCGACGUUCGAUAAUGCGCUCAAGGAGGCUGUGGAGACACCGCCGGGCGAGAAGAGAGACGAAAAGAUGAUCAAGUUGCUCACCCGUCCGGAUGCCAGACAGGCUCAUCCUACUUUUGAGCAUUUGUUGCCUAUUCAUAUUGCUGUUGGUGCUGCUGGUCCAGAUCCCGGAAAGCAGCUGUGGACACUGGCUGAAGGUAGUAUGGGUUGGGCCCAGUAUAAGUUUGAACAGGAGGAAAGCUAG